AUGGCCUCCAAAGACGAAGACCACAUCUCCAAUGCGCUUGAACAUGAAAUCUCAACAAGUAGCUCUGAAGGACCGCGAUUCGAGCCAAUUCGUACAAGAAAGACCAGAGAUACUCUCGAUUACCAAUUUGACGACGAUAACAAUGCUGCGGUACGCCCGGAGCUUGCCAGAAUUGCUUCUAUUCUGUCGGGGGUGCAGUCCAGAACUUCCCACGCCGAGGGCGGUCUCAAAAGACAGGACACGGUUGCCGGUAUGGGCAUAGAGUCUCCUGAAUUCGAUCCCAACAGCCCUUCCUUCAAUUUCAUCCUCUGGACACGGAAAUUCAUCCAAAUGCUUGAAGAGCAAGACGUCAAGACUCGACGAAGCGGCUUUACCUUUAAGAAUUUGAGUGUCUCGGGCAAAGGCUCCGCGCUCGUCUUGCAAAAGAACGUUGGUUCUCUUUUCAUGGCCCCAUUCCGCAUCCGUGACAUGUUCAGCCAUCCUCCUGAGAAACAGAUCCUGCGAAACUUCAACGGACACGUCAACAGUGGAGAAAUAUUGAUCGUACUGGGAAGACCCGGUAGUGGCUGCUCUACAUUCCUCAAAAGCAUCUGUGGCGAGCUCCAGGGCCUGGAAGUUUCCAAAGAUUCCAGCAUCACCUACAGUGGUAUACCUCAAGAUGUUUUCCUGAAGGAAUUCAAGGGCGAGGCCAUCUACAAUCAAGAGAACGAAAAGCAUUUCCCUCAUUUGACUGUCGGGGAAACGCUCAAUUUCGCUGCAGCUUGCCGCACGUCCUCCCACAGGAUUAUUGAUAUUUCUCGAGCCGACUGGGCUAAAUACAUGGCAUCCGUGGUGAUGACCAUUUUCGGUCUAUCACAUACGCGAAAUACCAAAGUCGGCGAUGAUUUUGUUCGCGGUGUCAGUGGCGGAGAGCGCAAGCGGGUCAGUCUUGCUGAAAUGUCCCUGGCUGGCGCUCCCAUUGCUGCAUGGGAUAAUUCAACGCGUGGUCUCGAUUCACAGACAGCUCUUGAAUUUGUCCGCUCCAUCCGAAUUGCGGCCGACAUUGCCGGUCUAACCUCUCUUAUUGCGAUCUAUCAAGCCUCACAAGCCAUUUACGACCUGUGUGACAAAGCCAUUGUCCUGUACGAAGGAAAACAAAUCUACUUCGGGCCCGCCGAAGAUGCAAGAGCAUACUUUGAAGACAUGGGAUGGUUUUGUCCACCCAGACAAACAACGGGUGAUUUCUUGACAUCCGUCACCAAUCCACGUGAGAGAAAGCCUCGAGAAGGCUUCGAGAAUAAAGUUCCUCGUACCGCUGAAGAGUUUGAGAAAUAUUGGUUGGAAAGUCCUCAAUACAAGUCGUCCAUGGAAGAGUCUACCCAUGCAGACGCGAUUCACGCGGACGGCAGAGAAGCCUUGGAAACUUUCAGAGAAUCCCACAAACAGAUGCAGGCAGAGCAUACGCGACCACAAUCUCCCUAUGUGAUCAGCAUUCCAAUGCAGGUGCGCCUAUGCACCGUUCGAGCGUAUCAAAGAUUGUGGAACGACAAAGCAUCGACGAUUGCGGUCAUCUUCAGUCAAAUUGCGCAGGCCCUGAUCAUCGGUUCAGUCUUCUAUGGGACCCCGGUGUCUACCGGCAGCUUUUUCUCCAAAGGAUCAGUCCUCUUCUUCGCGGUCUUACUGAGUGCCCUCCAGUCCAUUGUGGAGAUCAACACUUUAUACGCCCAACGUCCGAUUGUCGCCAAACACAAGUCGUAUGCCUUCUAUCAUCCGUUCACGGAAGCUGUUGCUGGUAUCGUGGCCGAUUUACCUAUCAAAUUCUGCACCGCCACCGUAUUCAACAUUAUUCUGUACUUUCUGGCCGGCCUACGCACCGAGCCGUCGCAGUUUUUCAUCUUCUUCUUGUUCAAUUUCAUGGCGAUGUUGACAAUGUCCGCAAUCUUCAGAUGCACGGCUGCCGUCACCAAGACUGUCUCGGCCGCUCUGGCCAUUGCCGGUAUCAUGGUUCUCUGGAUCGUCAUUUAUACAGGAUUCUCCAUUCAAAGAUCUUAUAUGCAUCCGUGGUUCGAAUGGACCAGUUGGAUCAACCCUGUCGCCUAUGCAUUUGAGGCACUGUUGGUCAACGAAGUUCAUGGCCGCGAAUUUCCAUGUGCGCCGGCCAGUCUAGUUCCCCCCUAUGGUCAGGGCGACAACUUUCAAUGUGCAGUUGCCGGUGCCGUUGCCGGCGAAGUCAAUGUUUCGGGUGACGCAUGGGUCAAGUCAUCUUAUGGCUACUCCUACAGUCAUAUCUGGCGAAACCUUGGUUUCCUCUUCGCCUUUAUGAUAUUUUUCUUCGCAAUCUAUUUUAUUGCCACCGAAAUCAACUCGGACUCGACUUCGACUGCGGAGUUCCUGGUUUUCCGACGAGGGCAUGUCCCAUCUUACAUCCAAAGUAGCGGUCGUAAAGACGAAGAAGUAAUAGAUGUGGCCGAAAAAAGCGUGACGUCGAGCGAUCCGGCCGAUGAGAAGCAUGCUGAGGAAGUCAAGGUCCUACCAGCGCAAAGGGACAUAUUUACUUGGCGAAAUGUCACGCUGGACAUCAAAAUCAAAGGGGAGCCUCGAAGAUUACUCGAUGGCAUAUCAGGAUGGGUCAAGCCAGGCACUUUGACCGCUCUUAUGGGAACGUCCGGUGCUGGAAAAACUACGCUAUUGGACGCUUUAGCGCAACGAACCAAUAUUGGAGUUUUGACCGGUGACAUGCUGGUCAAUGGCAAGCCAUUAGAUCCUUCGUUCCAACGCAAGACCGGCUACGUGCAACAACAAGAUCUUCACCUGGAGUCGACGACCGUCCGCGAAGCACUUCGAUUUUCGGCAUAUCUCCGACAGCCCAAAUCAGUCUCCAUUCAAGAGAAAGAUGCUUUCGUGGAGGAUGUGAUUAAAAUGUUGAAUAUGGAAGACUUCGGCGAAGCCAUCGUGGGAAAUCCCGGAGAAGGUUUGAACGUCGAACAACGUAAACUCCUUACGAUUGGCGUCGAACUUGCAGCAAAGCCAGCACUCCUUAUUUUCCUGGAUGAACCGACUUCUGGUCUGGAUUCACAGAGUUCCUGGUCGAUCGUGGCCUUCCUGCGAAAACUGGCCGAUUCGGGACAGGCCGUACUGUGCACCAUCCAUCAACCAUCUGCGAUUCUAUUUCAAGAAUUCGAUCGACUUCUCUUCUUGAUGAAAGGCGGCAAAACCAUUUAUUUCGGCGACGUCGGCCCGAAUUCAAGGACCAUGCUCGAUUAUUUUGAGCGAAACGGGGCUCCUCCUUGCGACAACGACGCCAAUCCCGCCGAGUAUAUGCUUGAGAUUUGUGGCAAGAAAUCUGACCGAGAUUGGAGUGAGGUGUGGAAAACGACCCCCGAAGCUCAGGAGGUUCAAGCAGAACUUGAUCGCAUCCACGAGGCGAAGAAAUCCGAACCCGCAGCAGAUUCGCAGUCCACCUCGGAAUUUGCUGUGCCACUUUCGUCUCAGAUCUACUAUGUCACCGUCCGAGUGUUUCAGCAGUACUGGAGAACACCGUCAUACAUCACUGGAAAGUUCUUGUUGGGCAUCAUGUCGGCUUUGUUCAUCGGAUUUUCCUUCUACAAACAAAACACGACCAUGGCGGGACUGCAGAACACCAUUUUUGGAGUCUUCAUGCUGGUCACUAUCUUCUCCACCUUCGUCCAGCAAAUCAUGCCUCGAUUCGUCAUCCAACGAUCCCUAUAUGAAGUUCGAGAACGUCCUUCCAAGGCGUAUUCCUGGGUCGCCUUCCUCGUGGCCAAUAUUGUCGUGGAGAUUCCAUAUCAGGUGGUUCUCGCCGUCCUGAUGUGGAUUUCGUGGUAUUUUGCCAUCUUCGGCAAAAACCAGAGCAACGAAACUCGGGGCCUGAUGCUCCUUUUCGUGAUACAAUUCAUGUUGUUCACGAGUACAUUUGCACAAAUGGUCAUCGCCGCGAUGCCAGACGCGGAAACCGCAGGCAAUAUUGCAACCCUCCUGUUUAGUAUGAUGCUUACUUUCAACGGUGUCCUUCAAAGCCCGACGGCCCUCCCUGGCUUUUGGAUUUUCAUGUACCGGGUCUCUCCAAUGACAUAUCUCGUUUCGGGCUGGGCUGCCACCGGCCUCCGUGGACGUCAAAUCCGAUGCGCCGACAAUGAGCUUGCAAUUUUUGAUCCACCCGCGGGCCAGACCUGCCAACAAUACCUGGCAAACUACUUGAAUGCCGGAGCACCAGGCCAGCUUUACAACCCAUCCGCCUCUAGUAAUUGCCAGUACUGUCCUCUCACAUCGGCUGACGAGUUUCUGGCGGCAAGUAACAUCUACCCGAACGAGAGGUGGCGCAACUUUGGUAUUGGUUUCGCGUACAUCAUUUUCAACGUCUUCGCCUGCAUUGGACUCUACUACCUUUUCCGUGUACGACGCUUGAGUAUCUCCAGCCUGGCCAAGACUCCGGCUCGUAUUGCCGACGUCAUUUUCAUUCAAGGAUUCAGACGGAUGUUGGCCCGACAUGUCGAACCCACACCUCCGGGUAAGGAAGCAGAGCGACAUCGAGUUUUCUAA